AUGAGCAACCUGAGGUUGUGCUUUCCACCCAUGGAGGGGCAGGUUAACUGCAUGCACUCGAAACUGAUGCUCCUCUUUCACCCGGGAUACCUACGAAUUGUAGCUCCGACUGCGAAUCUGACACCAUAUGACUGGGGCGAGAUGGGGGGCGUGAUGGAAAACAGUGCUUUUCUCAUUGAUCUCCCCCGAAAGGUAGCCACGACUUCUGUGGGCUCCAAGACCGUCUUCGAGGAAGAAUUGGUCUACUUUCUAAGAGCGAGUACUUUGCAAGAAAAUAUUAUUUCGAGACUCGACGAGUUUGAUUUCAGCCCAACGUCUCAUAUUAUGCUAGUUCACACUAUCGGAGGGUCACACACGGGAAAUACAUGGAGAAGAACGGGAUACUGCGGCUUGGGGCGUGCAGUCAAUGCAUUAGGUUUGCGAACUUCCAAGCCGAUCAAUAUUGAUUUCGUCGCAUCCUCAGUAGGAUCACUCACAGACGAAUUUCUAAGAUCAAUAUACCUCGCUUCUAAAGGAGACGGCGGUACAACCGACUUCACCCUCCGAACCUCUAAGACCUUCUCCGCUCGUAACCCCAACGACAAAGACCAGCUCAUUCACAAAAACACCGCCGAAGAAUGGAAAGAUCGCUUUCGGGUUUACUUCCCCUCACAGACGACCAUUGAGCAAUCACGCGGCGGUCCAGACUGUGCCGGUACAAUCUGCUUCCAGUCUAAAUGGUACGAAGGUCCGAAAUUCCCGCGUCAUGUGCUGCGCGACUGUAAGAGUCGGCGGCCGGGACUUUUGAUGCAUAACAAGGUAGCUCUCCCUCCAUCUGCUGAGGUAAUAUCCUAG